AGACAACGCGUCAGCCAAUCUACGGCCAGCUUGCGUUUGCCUUGGUGUCGGGCACACAAGCUGACAUGGCGACGACCUGGAUCCGUGUAAGGAGUGAACGUUUCAGAGGAGAUUGAUGUUUAUAAAUCCGGAGCAGACAGCGCAGGGAAGUCGUGUGCAAAGAUUCAUGUAUCUGGAACACUUGGUUUAGUUUCCCUGCACCUAAACUGGAGGCCGCGACCAUGCCGGAGUUCCCGCCAGACUUCAAGGAUGUUUCCUGCAGCUCCGUUGAAUGUAGAUCAUUUCCCCUGAGGCGGCUGGGCCAGUCGUCACCGCAUGGGAACUUGGAGCUCGGAAGCUUCUGCACGGAGCUCAAUGUGCGAGAAUGUCUGUCCCACAUCAGUCAGGAGAUGACAUCUCUGGGACUCGAUUCACCGUGGAAAGAGACGAACACGAGCAGCACAGGUCUCGACGCCGUGGCGGUGUUGAACACCAUGUAUGACCUGGUUCAGCUGAACCGCAGGAGCCUUCAGACUCUCGGGAGCUUAGAAGUGGAGCAUGUGAAGACCAGCAGCAAUGCGGAGUUUCUGCAACACACCACCACACGCCUCAAGGAGCAGAUUGAAGUUUGCAAGCGAGAAAACGCCGGGCUUCUGGAGCGAGAACGGCGACUUCAGGCGAAAGUGAAGAGCUUGCAGAAUGCUUUCAAAGACGAGAAAGAAGAGGUCCACAAGCUUCAGAACAUCAUAUCGAGCCGGGCCAUCCAGUACAACCACGAGAUGAAGAGAAAAGAACACGAGUUGAAUAAACUAAGGGAGCGGCUGACUCAACUGCUGGCGGAUAAAAGGGAGAAGAAACAAUCCUUGGAGAUAUCGUGCAGCAUUGGUCGGGCUAACGGGAAGAGAGGCCUGUGGAGGACUGAAAAGACAGAAGCAAAGCACGAGGAGGAGAUGUACAAAACUCUGCUGACUGAUUACGACCACCGUCAGAGGGAACUGAUGUUGGAAAAUGCAGAGUUGAGAAAAGUGCUGCAGCAGAUGAAGAAAGACAUGGUGUUGCUUAUGAGUUCCAAGAGGGUGUCAUCGAAGGAGAAUGCCUCCGACGACGGCCUCAAGCAGGCUGGCUUGGAGGAGGACGACAAAAUUGAUUCCAAUAAGGAAAACAUGGAGCUGCUUUGUAGUCGAGAGAAGCUGACCAAUAGUAUUCGACUUCAGUGGAGAAGAUUGAAGAGUCAUGUUGAGAGGCUGGACAGCCAAGUGUCUUUAGUCCAGGAGGAUGAGACAAAAGCUUCUGAGGCUGCCACUCAAGAAUCCAGUCAGGAGCUGGGUCGACUGAACUUGGAGGUGCAGCAAUGCAAAGACUUGAUCCAAGCACAGCAGAAGCUUUUGCAGCAGCAGCUUGGCUCUCCCUGCGAUGAGGAGUCAUCGUCCCUGGCGAGCGACUGCCACAUGAAGCAGGAGAAAGAUCACCUCAGAGAAGAGUGGAGGAGUUUAACAGAGCAGAGGAAGGGCUUUGAGAUGGAGAGGAAGAGGUUGACUGAAGCAGCCAUUCGACUGAGUCACGAGAGGAAAACCUUUGAAGAAGACCGUGCUCUGUGGCUCAAACAGCAGUUCCUCAACUUAAGUCCAUUUGGAGAACCAAGUAGUGAUCCACGAGUGACCAAUUCAAAUAGUGCCUUACAGUCAUGUGAGUCUCAUUCAGCGUUGAGCACAGUGUUUUCUAUGGACGAGCUCCUGACUUCAAAGUAUACAGCGCUCAGAUCUUCGUCUCUGUCUGACCUCCACUGCACGAGUCUGGCUGAAGACAGCACCGUCGAGCUAAAGAUAGGGAGUCGACACCCAGAAGAGUUGUGGGAUUUUGGUGGAGAGAAAGAACCAUGGUGCAACAGCAAAGACAACUGGAGCAACGCUGAGACGCCACAGUCAAACUGCGCUAAAAAACAAUGAUGCUGUGAAUCAUAUUAAUUGAUGGUAAUGAAAAUAGUCACUGCCAAAUGCUUAUAGAUGAAGUAGUCUUGAUGGUGUAACUGCAGAAGCCAAAUAGUUUCUGUCCUGCUGCUGACCAGAGGAACUCUAUCAGGGUUUCUUACGGGUAUUUAUUAGCCGAUAUUUGUCCAUGUCCUUCACAUCUGAAGAAGCUUGAAUGUCGGUGGUUGUGAGAUAAACAAGAUCCUGAUGCUGUGACCUCGGUGAGAAAAGAAAUCAACUUGCUGUAAAGGUGUAUCACAAAAGAGUGCUGAACUUUAAUGUGGUGGAAUCUUGCAUUGACGGUUUUUGUUUCUACUUGUGUCCAUGUUUACAGCACUUUUCACAUCAUGAAAUCUUGAUCUAGACCUUGUCUUUCCACUCAUUAGAUGUGUGAAAAAUUACAGUGAGAUAAUUGAAACUGCUUUUCCCCAAAAUAUUUCUGGUGCAAUAAUGGACGCUUUUCUACCCCACUGACGACUGGUUUACCGGUCAUAAAUAUCGAGCUGAUGAAUGAAUAAAUUAUUAUUGUCUGUUUUUAA